CCAUCUGUGACUUUUCCUGUACUUCAACCAAGUCAGGUCUCAUGAUCUGAGAGGCAAACCCGUAUGAUCCCUUGAGAAAAGCAACACUUCCUGUCACUGAAGCGCUUUCUCAUGAUCAAACUUUCAUGGAAUACUUCCGAGGAAGCUGAAUUGCCUAAGUUUGUGAGCAAUUGUGCACAGGAAGUUCAGAGGGGCAGCACACAAUAAAAACAGAGCGACUGGUUUUUAUCCCCUUGUUUCUCCAAGAAGUAAACAGAGAGGCUAAAUCAUUCACCCAGACCAAGAGAUAAAGUGUGUGCUGAGGUGUGAAAGCCAUCCCAGAGGGUGUUGUGGAACAGGUGGAAAAGAGGUUUUGUGGAAGUUCUGCUCAAAAAUGCAGGUGGUGCUUGUGAUCUCGGUAGUGAUGGCAACCUGGUUUGUUGUUCUGAGCCCAUUCUCUGAAGCGCUGGAUCAGGGCCUGGGUGAUGCCUGGGAAGAAUGGAAGAGCACCCACCGGAAAACAUACCCCAAGGGGGAAGAGGCAUUCCGAAGAGCUAUCUGGGAGAAGAACCUGCAGAUGAUCGAAAAGCAUAACUAUGAGGCUCACCUGGGGAACUUCACCUACAAACUGGGCAUGAACCAGUUUGGCGACUGGACGAGAGAAGAGUUUAACCAUAGGAUGAAUGGCUUUCGCCCUGACCUGGCUGAGCAAGACGGCAGCAACCGCACCUGGUUCCAAGUAACGGAUGCUAUGGAAACUCCCACACAUGUAGAUUGGCGCACCAAAGGUUAUGUCACCCCUGUGAAGGAUCAGGGCGACUGCGGGUCUUGCUGGGCGUUCAGCGCCACCGGAGCCCUGGAAGGGCUGCAUUUCAAGAAGACACAAACACUGGUCUCUCUGAGCGAACAGAACCUCGUAGACUGCUCCUGGAAGGAGGGCAAUCAGGGAUGCGAUGGAGGAUGGAUGAAUUCCGCCUUCAAGUAUGUGAAGCUCAACAAGGGCAUCAACUCAGAGAAAACCUACCCCUAUGAGGCACAGGACGGCCGCUGUCGGUACAAUCGCUCAGACCCAGCAGCCACUUGCACUUCAUGGGUAAAUAUUGCAAAAAAGAAUGAGAAGGAUCUUGAAAAAGCUGUGGCCAAGGUUGGCCCAGUGUCCGUGGCAGUAGACGCGAGCGACUUCAUGUUUUACAAGUCAGGAAUCUAUUUCCGCAAGGGGUGUGGUGAGUUCUUGAACCAUGGCAUGCUGGCAGUUGGCUAUGGCAUUACCAAGGAAGACGGGAAAAUAAGAAAAUAUUGGAUCUUGAAGAACAGCUGGGCCAAAACCUGGGGCAAGAAGGGCUACAUGUGGCUGGCGAAGGAACGACAUAAUCAUUGUGGCGUGGCAACCGCUGCAAGCUAUCCUACCCUGUAACUUGCUCCAGGGGCCACGAUCCCACCUUUUGAACCAGCCCAGCAACAGAACAGCUUCACACCGAACUGCCACGAUCGUGUUUGCUUCCUUUUGACCUCACAGUUUCCCAAAGAACCAAAAGAAAAUCUGAGCUUAUCAUCUCUCCUGAUACCUAGUGAUGCAAGUGAGCAAAUCAGUAUUGAAAAUAAAAUGCAGAAUAUUGCACUUAUUAGACACUGUUGA